CACCACUAACCGACCCGGAAGUCCCAACUGUUCACUUCCGUGCUGUGUAAGUCACCGGAGAUAUCAACCCGACAACCAUCUUGAACCCUGGCCUUCCCUCGAUCAUUGCCUACAAAUCUCGCACCUCUCCCCAUUCUUCUUCAGCUCCCCGCGACUCUAAACCUCCCAAUUUGAGUCAACCCGAGACACGCAACACCGAGCCAGCCAUGGCCCAAUCCACCGCCCACCGCCGUCUCCUCCAAGAGUACCGCGCCCUGACAAACAACCCCCCAGAAGGCAUCACCGCCGGCCCUGUCUCCGAAGAUGACCUCCUCCACUGGGAGGCCCUGAUCCAAGGACCCGAGGGAACCCCCUUUGAAGGCGGCGUCUUCCCCGCCGAGCUCAAGUUCCCCAAGGACUACCCCCUCGCCCCGCCGACCAUGAAGUUCCUCGUCGACAUGUGGCAUCCGAAUAUCUACCCAAGCGGCCUAGUCUGCAUUUCCAUCCUACACCCCCCAGGCGACGACCCAAACCACUACGAACACGCCUCGGAGCGCUGGUCCCCGAUCCAGUCUGUCGAAAAGAUCCUCAUCUCCGUCAUGAGCAUGCUCGCCGAGCCGAACGACGAGAGCCCCGCCAACGUCGAGGCCGCAAAGAUGUGGCGCGAGCGGAGGACGGAGUACGAGCAAAAGGUCCGCGACGGUGUCCGGCGGUCGUUGGGUCUGUGAGAGCGCAGGUCUUUCUCUAGCGAUAACACAGUAACGUCUGGCGAUCUGAUCGCUUGGUAAAACACCUUAUCUGGCGAAGAGUCGUAGAUAAUGUGGCAUACAUCAAUCAGUUGACGAAAUUCCUCAGUAGAGAUAGAUCUGAAGGAUCAACGUAGGCAGACAUAAGCGGGAGCGGUCAACACUACAAGCAUAGCACGGCGUUUGGGGAAUCAAUCAAAUAUGGCUUCAAAUAUU